AAACUUGUUCGUUUUCCUCUCUAUUUUCUCUCCUAUGAAAGUCAGUCCGACGACCACCAUUCAACAAAACUGCCACUAGCCUCUCUCUUUCUCUGUUUUCGCCAGUAAUUCACACUCACAGUGCUCGCAGAAGAAUAGAAUAAAAUUUAAGAAACUAAUUCAAUAGAAUGCUGGAAUGCGUUUCUUUCAAAUCAUCGACUCCAACCUCCAUCUCUUCUCCGCUUCCUCCUCCUUCUGAAGGGAACUCAACCGAGGAACUUGAAGAAGGAGAAGGCACUUCCGCCACAAGCCCUAACGUCUCACGCGAGUUCCACCGGGCCGUGGAGGCCCACUCCUACAACGAGAUCCGGUCCAUGGUCCAAGCCCCACCGCAGGUUCACCACAUCGACGACGAAGACUCGCACCACCGCCACGUCCUCUCCCAGGUCCUCCAACCCGACUCACACAGCGUCCGCGAAGCCCUCGCCAAAGCGAAACCUAAGAGCAAUCUCACUCGCCUCGUCUCCACCUACUUCGACCACAGCGAAACCGCCUCCGACUUCUGCCUCCGCCUCAGCCGCAGCGUUCACCGCGCCCGCUAUCUCUACGCACCGCUCUCUGACCUCCUCUCCGUCCUCCCCGCCGACGCGCCUCUGCCGUCGCUCUCGCAACCGCAAUGCAACCACGCCUACGACCUCUUCCUCCAAUUCGACCGCGAGGAGAAUCCUUUCGCGCUCUUCCGCCUCCACCGCCUCCGCGACAGCUUCUCCGACCUCAAGCGCGAUAUCCAGCGCGACCUCCGCAAGUGCCACUCGCGAAUCCGCCUCUUCCGCCACGGCGCCGCGGGCUGCGCCUUCUGCUUCGUCGCCGCCGCUGCCGGCACCGUCCUUGUCGCCUCCAUCGUCGCCGUGCAUGCUGUAGUAGGGUUUAGCGCCCUCUCCGCGGCACCGUUUUGCGUCCCUCGGCAGAAGAAGAGGGAGCUUGCGAGGCUGAAGCAGCUUGAGGUUGUGGAGAAUGGAACUCAUGUGGUGAAUGAUAUUAACACCAUUGAUAGUCUCGUUGAUCGGCUUCAAACUGCGGUGGAAGGAGAUAAGGCUUUUGUUAGAUUUGCUUUGGAGAGGGGAAGGGAGAGACAUCCGAUUCAGGAAGUACUUAAGCAACUUAGAAAGAACCAACCUGUUUUGGAACAUUUGCUUGGGGAUCUUGAGCAACAUAUAUGCUUCUGCUUUUAUAGUGUUAACAAGGCGAGAUAUGCGCUCCUCAAAGAGAUAUGCAGUCAUCAAACUUCUUAGUUAGGUCCUUUCAAGGUUUUCAAUCGUGGUCACACUGUCCUUGAUACUGCAAAAAAUUGCAGACAUAUUGCAGUUGACAUGGCAGUUAUUACAAAUUGAGGUUGCAGAGACUCCGAAAACCUCAGCAUUGCAGUCAAAAUUGUGGUAGUGAAUCGAUUUUAAAACCUUGGUUCCUUUCCAGCUAGUUUUUUUCUAUUUAUUGUGUGAUGAUAGCAGCUCAUUCUUGAUUUGUGCAAGAAUGCAAUACUAACUGACCCCAUAAUCAAAGGUAUAGGUUCUGUUUAUAAUUUGAGACUGACUAUAUGAUAUAUAGUUAUAUUAUAUACACCAAAUUGACUUGUGUUGUUUGAAUGUAUUCACCAUUUGAUUCAUUCAUAUGAGGUAGUGUUUCCAGUGCCAAACAAGUGGCCAACCUUUUGCUUGCCAUCAAAUUGUAUAGAUCUUAGAUGAAUGAUUUUUUGUAUAGGGUUGAUAUUUCAGGAAGAGAUGAGGGUCUUAUGCUCGGUCGUAUAUGGUAUGUAAUCAAUUGUUAAGCAUAAUGAUGCACUUUAGAGUGUUAAUGAGUGUAAAUUUGUGAUGUUAUCUUUUUUAUGGUUCUGUUUAUAAUGCUAAUGACGGAAUUCCUUUGGGAUAAUACCUGUUGUGGUGUUUUAGCCAUUUUGUCUGUCUGAUGAAUCCUGUUUAGUUACAGAUUC